AUGAUGCAGAACGGAUCUACUGUUGCUUUAGGGUCAAGUAAUUGCCCAGAGCCAUCUGAGCCAAACUCAACUGUCAUGCCAAGUAUAAACAAUGAGAAAGAAACUCAGCAUGUGUUGGACUGGAAUCAUCCAUGCAGCUAUUGCUCCAAGAUUUUCUCAACUCCACAAGCUUUAGGUGGCCAUCAGAAUGCUCAUCGAAGAGAGAAAGCUGAAGAAAGAUGGAAACGUCGCAUGGCAAAUAGAAAUCGCUCUAGUUCCCACUCAAUAACCGAUCUUUCGGUAAAUUUUCAUGGUGGAGAUUCGGUAUCCGAGCAUUCAACUACCGUCAUGUCCAAGCCAAUGUUCCAAUAUGAACCUCCAACUGGGUUCCAAUAUUUGCAUAAUUUUGCACCUGGUUAUGGACCCAUUCCUUCGAUGCAAGUGCAUGGUUUAAUGCUUCAGCCUGGGUUUGUUGGAGGCCAAAUUCCAAUACUUGGAAAUCCGUAUUACUACCCAUAUCCACCACCAAUAGAGGGUAUUCUAUGGCACCCACAACCUCAUGAGUUGAAUCUUCUACGAGAAGAAGAGCCAAAGUUGUUGGUUGAAGAAGAUGCGAGUUCAACUGGAAGUGUGGAUCUAACUUUGAAGUUGUAA